AUGGCACCCGCGCCGCUACUGGAGCGCAACGAUACGCCUGACAACACCGAUUUCAAACCUCCACCAGGUGUCAUUCUACCGCCCAAGGAAUUUAGAACACUACUGGAAAAGACUGCUGGCUACAUCGUUCGCAAUGGUCCUGCUUUCGAAGCACGUAUUCGCGACAGCGCAGAGGGCAACCCGAAGCUUCAAUUCGUCCUUCCCGACAACCCAUACCACCCCUUCUACCUAUGGCGUCUAGAGGAGAUUAAGGAGGGAAGAGGAACAGAUGUCGCUGCUGGCCGCGAAGGAGAUGUUACUGCACCAAAGAAGAAGCAAGGCCCUGCGCCCCCGCCAGACUUCCACUUCUCAGCGCGCAUGCCUAAUAUCAGUUCUGUCGAUCUCGAGGUCAUCAAGCUGACCGCCAUGUUCGUCGCCAAAAAUGGCCGCUCGUGGAUGACCACCCUGUCGCAACGUGAGGCCAGGAAUCCCCAAUUCGAUUUCCUUCGCCCCCAGCACAGUUUCCACCAGUUCUUCUCGCGUCUGGUGGAUCAGUACACUGAGAUCCUCAAUACUCAGGGACAGCAGCAACAAGAGGUCGUCGCUGAACUUGAGAAGAACAUUGAUAACAAGUACCGCGUCCUAGAGAGCGCAAAGAAACGCGCCGAGUGGGUCAAGUACCAAGAAGCACAAAAAGUCAAGAAAGAGGAGGAGCAAGAAGCAGAAAAGGUCGCAUAUGCUCAGAUCGACUGGCACGACUUUGUCGUCGUCGAGACUAUCCUUUUCACUGAAGCAGACGACCAAACAGAACUUCCUCCACCCACAUCGUUGAACGACAUUCAGUCUGCAUCCCUCGAGCAGAAGGCACAAAUGAGCCUGGCGCCUUCAGGCAUGCGUAUCGAAGAAGCUAUGCCAGGUCAAGAGACUUACUACCAACCACCACCGGCACAAAUGCCUCCGCCCAGCUCAUACUCGCCCGCUCCUCCUGCUUUCUCUCCCGCUCAGCAAACUGGGUUUGCACCACCACCACGUACCGUACAAGAACAAGAAGAAGAUGCCCGCAUUGCCGAAAGAGCCGCUGAACGACAACGUGCCGAGCAGGCUCAGGCUGCUGCAAGAGGUCAAGGUCCCAUGCGCAUUCGCAACGACUACGUUCCUCGUGCCCAGGCUCGUAGGCAGAAUGCCACGACUGCUCUCUGCCCCAACUGCAAGCAACAGAUUCCAUACAACGAACUUGAGCAGCAUAUGAAGAUUGAAAUGCUUGACCCAAGAUGGCGUGAGCAGUCACGCAUUGCUGCUCAGCGAUCCAGCACCACGAACUUGUCGACUGCAGACGUCGCCAACAACCUCAAGCGUCUGGCGUCACAGCGAAGCGAUGUUUUCGACCCUGUCACAGGCCAAGCUGUCAGCGACGAGGAAGCUCAAAGACGUAAGAGAAUCGAGCUUAGCAGCUUCGACGGUGUCAACCCAUCUCAAUCUGCUGCUCCUGGCGCUCCUGGCAGCCAGUCUACAGAUGUACAGGAACAAAUUCGCCAACUGCAUCAAAAAUAUGGAAACCAAUGA